UUAAAAUAUUAAAAUUCUAUAUGGUCAGAGUAGUCCUAUCAUGGAGUUACCCUGGUUGAUUAGCAUUUCUAGACAGAACCAUGAAGAAAAAGUUCUUGUGAUCGCUGAAGAUUACGCUACUUUGUACAAAGUCAACGAAAAGUGGCCUGGUCAUGCUGUUCUCAUUCCUCCAGCGUUGGAUCCUCAAGCCGCACACAAAUUUGGUUCCCAGGGUUUCUUCAAUCUGACAUCUCGGAGGCCACAACAUCUCUUGAACAUUUUGGAGCUAGGUUACAAUGUUAUGUACAAUGAUGUUGAUAUGGUCUGGCUACAAGAUCCGUUUCAAUAUUUACAAGGAAGCCACGACGCAUACUUCAUGGAUGACAUGAUUGCGAUUAAGCCUUUGAAUCAUUCCCAUGGUCUACCACCUCUGAGUCGAGGCGGAGUGACUUAUGUAUGUAGCUGCAUGAUUUUCUUGCGUUCCACGGAUGGCGCAAAGCUUCUAAUGAAGACAUGGGUUGAGGAAAUUCAAGCUCAACCUUGGAAUAACACCCAAGCAAAGAAACCACAUGAUCAGCCAGCUUUUAAUCGGGCGCUUCACAAAACAGCUAAUCAGGUAGAUGUCUACUUGCUUCCACAAUCAGCUUUCCCAUCAGGAGGAUUGUACUUCAAGAAUGAGACAUGGGUUAAUGAGACAAAGGGGAAACAUGUCAUAGUUCAUAAUAACUACAUUAUCGGUUAUGAACGGAAAAUGAAACGCUUUCAAGACUUUAAUCUAUGGCUAGUCGAUGACCAUGCCCUCGAGUCCCCGCUGGGCAUAUUAAAGUAAAAAUUUGAAUGCACCAAAAAAAUUCCCUCUCUCUUUUUGAUGUUAUCUUGAGACUAAUCAAUAUCUAUUCUUUGC